AUGUGGGUGGAGAAACUGCUAGGCGCGUUCUCGUCGGUGGGCGUGAUGGAGGCGGCGGUGCGUGAGAUGGAGCCACUGCUGGCGCGCAAGGCGAGCGAGGCCACGGAGCUGGCGGCGCGCCUGCGCGAUGAGCAGCGUGCUGCCGACCACGUGCGCAACGCGCUACUCGCCGACGAGGCAGCCGCCAAGACAAAAGCUGAAGAGGUAAAGCAAAUCGCAGAAGAAGCUAAAGCAGAUCUAGCUCUGGCGAUGCCAGCAAUGGAGGCAGCGCAGGAAGCACUUAAGGCGCUCAACAAGAGUGACAUCAACGAGCUCAAGGCCUUCCAGAAGCCGCCGCAGCUCGUCCGCUUCGUCAUGGAGCCCGUCUGCAUUCUGCUCGGAGCCAAACCGGAUUGGGAUUCGACCAAGAAACUUUUGGCGGACGUAAACUUCAUUCGCAACCUGCAGGAUUACGACAAGGACCACAUCCCUGACGCCACGCUGAAGAAGUUAAAGACUUACCUCACUCACAAGGACUUCAACCCCGAUACCGUCGUCAGAGUAUCCAAGGUGUGCCGGUCCAUGGUGCUGUGGGUGCAGGCCAUCGACAUGUACGCCAAGGUGUUUCGCGUCGUGGAGCCCAAAAUCAUCAAGCACAAAGAGGCAGCUGCCGUGCUGAAGAGCGUGAUGGCGGACCUGCGUGGCAAGCAGAAGCAAGUAGAGGCCAUUGAGGCGCAACUCGCCGCAAUGAUUGAGGAGUUGCGGGUGGUGGAAGCUGAACGCGACCGGCUGCAGGCGGACGUUCAGCUGGCAGCUGCACGGCUCGCGCGCGCCGGCAGCCUCACGCAGGCGCUCGCUGACGAGCAGGCGCGCUGGGCGGCCAGCGUGCAGGAGGCGUCGGUGCAGCUGCAGUGUGCGACGGGCGACGUGCUGGUGGCUGCGGGCUGCGUGGCGUACUUCGGCGCUUUCCCCGCGCACUACCGCAGUGAGCUACAGCACAAGUGGGUGCAGCACUGCACGCAGCUGCGUAUCCCCGCUUCCGCGCACUUUGAGUUGGUGUCGGUGGCGGCGGGUGCGGGGGCCGCGCGCAAGUGGCAAGCGCAGGGGCUGCCGCGUGACUCCACUUCCGCACAAAACGCCGCUCUCGUGUGUCGGGCCGCGCGCUAUCCACUAGCCAUCGACCCGCAGCAACAGGCGAAUCGUUGGAUAAAAAACAUGGAGCGCGAAAACGGGCUGCAAGUUGCCAAGCCCACAGACCCGGCGCUGCUGCGACUGCUGGAGAGCUGCGUGCGGCUCGGCUGGCCACUGCUGCUCGAAGACCUGGGCGAGCAGCUCGACACCGCGCUCUCACCGGUGCUACUCAAACAGACCUUCAUGCAGGCUGGACGCCUCCUGAUCCACCUCGGUGACAGCGACAUCGAAUACGAUCCCAGCUUCCGUCUAUAUAUGACCACGAAAAUUGCCAACCCGCACUACCUGCCUGAGGUCUGCAUUCAGGUUACUUUGGUCAACUUUACCGUCACCCAAUCUGGCUUGGAGGACCAACUGCUCGCGGACGUGGUGCGGCUGGAGCGUCCCGAGCUGGAGAAGCAGCGCACCGAGCUAAUGCAGCGAAUCGAGGCCGACCGCGCCUCACUCCUGGAUAUCGAAGACCGCAUCCUGCGUCUGUUGGAGGCCUCCACCGGGAACAUCCUCGACGACGAGGAACUUAUCGAAACACUCAACGAGAGCAAGGAGACGUCGGAGAUCAUCAGCGCGCGGCUGCACGACACGGAGGCGACGGAGCGCGACAUCGCCGCGGCGCGCGAGCGGUACCGCGGCGCGGCGGCACGCGGCGCACUGCUCUACUUCGCAAUCGCGCAGCUCGCUGACCUCGACCCCAUGUACCAGUUCUCGCUCGCCUACUUCAGCCAGGUGUUCAACCGCGUGGUGGAGACGACGCCUGCGCAGGCAAGCGUGGAGGCUCGCGUGGCGUCGCUGGUGCACGGCGCUACACUCGCAACGCAGCGCGGCGUCGCGCGAGCACUCUUCGCGCGUCACCGCCUCGCGCUGGCGCUGCUGCUGGCCGCCGCGGUCGCGCUGCACUCCGCCACGCUGCCACAGCACCACUGGCGCUUCCUGCUGCUGCCGCCGCCGCCCGUCACGGCUCUGCCGAAGAAGCCGGAAGUAGAAACAAUGACGGAACAGAUGUGGCUGUGCGCACAAUACCUGCACAGUAACGAGCCAGCGUUCGCAGGGCUCGCCGACGACUGUCUCAAGCGGAUCCCCGUCACCCUCGGCUCCUUCAGUGCGGAUAUUCACGUGGACAAAAGCGAUACAAGGAGCGCAAACGUAAACUGGGAUCAGAGGUUGUCGCCGUUCGAGAAACUGAUGCUGCUGAAAAGUCUGAUGGAGGAAAAAUUGGUGUACGCGAUCACGCAGUACGUGGUGCUGAGCCUGGGACCAGAAUUCGUGGAGACGCCGUCGGUACAACUGCCCGCGCUGUGA